CGCCGCUUCUUUCGCACAGUUCUCCAGGAGGACCGGUGCCUGUCAGACUGCCUCCAUUCAACACCUCAGCACGGACAGCUUGCAUUGCCGACCGACGACCAUGGCUGCUCGGAACUACGCUUCACUGCUCGUGGGACUUCUCGCCCUCUGUCACACCUGGGGAGUAAUGGCUGAUGUGGAGGUGAACAUGGAGGACAGAGUGGAGGUGUUCAGGGGAGAAACGGCUCUGAUCACCUGCAUGUUCACAUCUUCUGAAGGCAUUGGCGGCAUGAGCAUACAGUGGUUCUACGUGACGUUGUCGGGUGAGAGGCAGAGUAUCUUCUACCAGGACAGCGCCAUGAAGAAUAAAGACAAAGGCACACCGUUCACAGACCGGUUCAGUGUGAAUGGUACCGGAGCCGAUGGAGAGAUUGUGUUGCGUAUCAGCGAUGUGAAGGUGAAGGACGAAACGGAAUUUAUCUGUCUCAUCAAAAGUCUUACAGAAGGGAGUGGGGAGGGACGCACAAAGCUGAAGGUGUUCGCAACACCAGACCCUCCAAGCAUUGAGGUUGUGGAAACAGGGAUCUCAAUUAACGAAAACAGCCCAUCCAAGGUUGGGACCUGCGAGGUCAAAAAUUGCUUCCCCAAGCCGAACAUCACUUGGUACAGAAACAACACACCACUACGCGGUGCUCCGGAUGUGGUGAAGGUGGUGCCCAGCGUCACUGUGGAAUCCAGUGGCCUGUACUCUGUCAAGAGUGACCUGAGCAUGAAGGUGAAAAAGGAGGAUAAAAAUGAUACAUUCUACUGCGAGGUCACCUUCUUUGUUCCCGGAGGAACAAGUAUGACCGAGACCAACCAUAUGAAAAUCAAUGUACACUACCCCUCCACAGCUGUAAAAGUUUGGGUGGAGUCACCAAAGGGCCACAUCAAGGAAGGGGACUCUAUUGAGUUUCACUGUCAUGGCAAUGGGAAUAUGCCAUCCUCAGUCUUGUCAAUCGUGUACAACGGUGACGACUACAGUUUAGACGACAAUGUGUUUGUAUUGGAUAAAGUGACCCGUCGCAACAGUGGAAUUUACCAAUGUACCUCUACGGACUUUGAGUCGGACCACGUGGAGGAGGUCUCGGGAAACACCACUGUGUUCGUCAACUAUCUCGACCCUGCAGUUGUGACGCCCACUGACACUGUUGUGGUGGACCAAGGAAAGGAGCUGAAGGCCACCUGCAACGCCCUCUCUUCUCUCCAGACACAAGUGGUCUGGAUGAAGAAUGGAACGAAGUUCUCAACCGGCCACAGUUUGAUCCUGAAGGACGCAACAUUUGACUCGGCAGGGAAGUACGUGUGCAUGGUGACUGUUCCUGAGAUUGUGGGAAUGGAAACCAGCGGGACACUUGAUGUCAAAGUCCAGGGCCCACCAGAUAUCAAAGAGCCAGGGUACACAGAGAUGGAGGAGAGUACUGGGAGUACAGUGGAUCUGAGGUGUAAUGUCAGAGGUUUUCCUGCUCCCACGAUUACCUGGACCACCUCUGAUGGAAAGAUCCUCAAGACCGAGGUUGGACUUCAGAGUGUGGUCAGCAUCAAAGUCACCUCUGACAUUACGGCUUCCUGCAAUGCCUCCAAUGAGUUCGGCACUGAUGUGGCGACCUUCAACAUCAAUGCCACUAUAAACACCACCACACCAGCCAACACUCCUACUAGCACUAGCACUAGCACUACCACUGCCACUACCAUUGCCUCUGCCACAGUCAAAGCACAAACCGAGACCCGAGCAAAGGAAAUCAAGAAAGAGGGCAAUGGUGUUAUCAUUGCAGUCCUCAUAAUCUGCAUCCUGCUGCUGGCCAUUUUAGGGAGUGUGCUCUACUUCCUCUACAAAAAGGGCAAGAUCUGUGGGCGGUCCGGCAAGCAAGACCUCACCAAAGAGAAGUCAAGCAAAGAUAACAUCGUGGUGGAGAUGAAGAGCGACAACACUGAGGAGGCUGUGCUCCUCGGGGUCAACGGGGAAAAGCAACAUCCAAGCAACCAGUAAAGGGUGGUGCGUACCUGGAUGUACAGAAGUGAGGAGGCAUCUGCAGACACACCAACAGCUGCUCCUGUUCUUCCCUCUCAGGCUCAAUGCCUUCAAGCUUACACCACAGCCCCUUACCCCAGAGUUAUGUCAUGGAAAAGUCAUCUGUCAGUUAAAAUCAGGAUGCGAACUGAGACUCAUGUUAUUCUAUGCUGCAGCUUUUGCUUACUGUCUGUUAUAUCCAGCAAACAUUUCUGCUGGAAUGAGCUUUAAUGAGAAUUGAUUUGAGUACUCCAUAACAUAACUCUGGGAAUAAAUCUUCCACCAUUAAACCAAAGACUAUCCUUCGCCUAUGGUUCUUAUUACCAAAACCUUGUAUACUGCUGAUUGUCUGUAGAACAAUAGUUUGAGCACAACAUUGACCAGGGACUGUUUUUAUACCCAACUACACAUCACCUCAGGCAAAGUAAUCACUGAAGAGCAGCCUGAAACAGCUCUUUAUCAAGUGUACAUAUUAUAAUCUAUGUAUAUAUUUCUUUAUUUAAAAUAAGACAAUAGAAAAAAACCAACCAAAAAUAAAUGACCAGAUAGUGUUUUAUUUUGUUGGGUGCUCUUUAUGGAGAGCAACUAGUGCCUAAGUAGAUGUCUUCUUUUUACUUUUAAUAUGUUUUUGUCUCUAUGCUUCCUGUUUUGCUUAAGUCUGUACACUGAAAUAUUUGGGGACCCAGCGAUGCGGCCCCUACAGCCAGUUACAGCCACCACAAAGUUUUUCGUUUUAGCGCUGAAAACAAACUUUUAAGGUUUUUUAAUCACACAUCAUUCCCAUUUGUAGUUGUCCUUAUUUACAGCUAACAAUCUUUUCUUCACACUACCCAGUUUGUGUAUAUGGCAGAAGAUAUUUUUGCAAUAGGGGUGAAUAACAUUUUGAGCAUUUGACAUUGAAGGAUUAACAUUAUUUGUAGUUUUCCUUACUUUACGUUUUCUUUUCUUCACAGUCUAGUUUUAAUAUUUUCUGUGUGUGCUUGAGUUGAAGCAUUGCCAACAGCCAAGUGAAAAAGUUACAGAUGCCUUAGUAAUUAAAUCAAAGCCUGUAGAAAUAUCAUAAUUUCUAUUGUUAGUUAUGUUUCAAUUUAAUGUUCAGUGCACUGAUUUAUUUGUGGUUGUUCUUCAUGCACUUGUGUUUCUCUAAUGUGAAACAGUGGUUUGGUUGAAUGUGACUGUUUGUGAAUGAAAAUUAUUUCUGUAGCUAUUUUAGUUAUUUUUUAAGAGGAAAGAUUAGGUUAGAACAGAUCAUUUGUUUUGGGCAAAUAUUGCUCAGGUCAUCAACUUACCCUCCGCAAAAGGUAUAGACACGAUUCUGUAUAAUGAUUUAAUUAAUUCAUAUUUUGACUGAAUCUUGAAAUAAUCUGUUGGAUAGCCAGAGAGACAUAGAAUCCCCCUCAGACAUGAUGGCUGUCUACAAUAUCUGACUACUGACGAGGGGGGAAUGACUGUGACUCCACAUAUGCAUAUUAAGUUUGUAGACAAUCAACAAUGAAUAUGCACUGUGCUCACUGCUCAGUAAUGUGCAGGUAUCAUCCAUACUUACCUUUCCUACUCUAUGUUAUUCUGUUUUGUUCUACUGCUUUUAAGAACUAUCACUGUUAAAUGGUUUUGGAUGUUUGAAAUCUGUAAAAUGCCUUGGAGUUGUGAAAUUUAUGUCAUUGAUGACAUUCAAACAAUACACCAACAAACUGUUUUCAUUAUUUGUAGUUUUGAAAAUGAUCCAAAAUAAAGAAUUGACUGUUAA